CGACUCCUCCCGUCUCUCUUCUUCCUACCGCAGCUGCACCCUUGAUGACUAUUUUCCAAAGACACUGUGAUUCGAGCAAUGUGAAGGAUCUCGGGCUGGAAGACAGCCGGCCUCGCGCAGCCUCCUCUUCUGCAGCGGCAUAGCUAGUUGCCUGACUUGGUGCGAGCACCGUCGAAUCAACGACGAGAUGUCCAUCAAAGCUAUCUUCUACAGCAAGUUCGAUCCUCAUGAAGGUCCCAAAAUCGUGCACCAAGUGCCUGAGGACUCGAUCUUGACCACGAGCGAUCCAUCUGGGUCGUCCAAUGGCCCGGCCACCACCUCGUCCCCGACCGCUCCGCUGCUGUCGUUUUCUACAAUCUCGCGUUUUGUGAUCCCUCGUCAGUCGCUCUGUGGGAAUCUGAUCUCUCUGUCGCCUCCGCCGCUCACGUCGAGCACGCCUCCCACGCUCGUCCUGUCGUAUCCCAUAUGCCUAACUUCUCCUCACUACCCGCGCAACGAAUUCAUCUUUAAUUUCGCCCUGGUCCUCGGCGAACCUGCGACGAUUGAUGUGCCUUCGUACAAAUCCGUGGUGAAGAAAUUGGCGCACUUGAUGCGCAGCUUGGAGGAACAGUCGCACUUUUUGAGUGACGACGCCGCCAACCCCAACUCGGGCAAGAUAUACAGCCUGUGUGAGAUGCUGAUGGAGGACCUGAACAGCUACUGUGAAUGCAUGAUCCCUAUCGACGAAUUGAACACGCUGAACAUCAAGUUGUUUCCUACGCUGCCCAAUCCGGCCAGCGUCAAGCCCUGGCAUGUGCCCCUGUUUACCGUUAGAAUCGAGACCAUGGUGGACGAGAACUGGGACCUGACGAUGCUGCGAAUCAUUCCCUUCAUCAAUGGUGUAAAUAGUGUGAAGCGGAUCGCCGUUCUAGCGGACGCUGAUAUAAAGCUCACGAAGAAGUGUGUCAAACAUUUGCUAUACUACGGCUGCAUCUUACUGCUCGACAUCUUCAGCUUCAACGCGAUCUACGCCCCUACCGCCGAAUUUGCCAACAUGAUCGCCAAGGACACCGAAAUGCAAAAGGAGUGCGCCAGGUACGUGAAUACGGCGUUUGCACUGGGUGCGCAAGAAGAAGCAAUCAUCGAUGGUGCCGCUGAGCGACGAACGAGCGGCUUGACAAAUGCGACCCUCCAAGACGAAGAUAUAUGGCCCUUGACGAGUAAAGGCGACCCCGUUGACGGCGUCGGGAUUGUCCAGCUUUUCGCUAAUCUGCGACAAGGUCUCACCGUGCGAGAAUGGUACGCCCAGAACGCAAACAUGCUCGCGAACAUUGACAUGCGGCGGUUCGUGACGUUCGGGGUCAUCAAGGGUUUCCUCUAUCGGGUGCACCGGUACGCCAUCCGCACGCAGAAGGGGACGUUCUCCCAUGGAUUGGCCGACGGAGAAACAACCCAAUAUCCAAAUUUGACGCGGAGCAUGUCCAGCGAACGACAUCUCGCUGAGGAGUCCUCGCCGCGGACCAGACACAAACUGCACAAGCAGUCUAGGAGUGUUGGGAAAUCCAACGCGGAGAAUCAGACCCUAAAUGCCAAGAUAGUGGAAUUUCUGGACGGCACCCACUGUUUCGACGAGAUCUGUACGGAGUUGGGGAUCAGCGAGAAAGAUCUGACGGAGAGGUUGAAGAGUCGCGAAAUGGGCGAAGUCACCAUCAUCUGCAGGUGAAGCACUCUGACAUUCGUACAAUGCGACCCAUCUUCGGCUGUCAGAGUUCGAACUCCACGGCAGACAGAAGGUGGACUACUUCAGAUGGAAAUUCUGGCACCAAAAUUGACCUUUGACCGACGUAACGAUGUGGCUUGUGUCUCCGGCGCUGGCUACCCACCGGUGCUUCAAUAUUAUCCCACAGUGCUUGAGCCCUGUCUAGGUUGUCCUCAAACCGACCGGCCUGGGCUUUUUACUCGAUCAUAUUCAGAUCUCGCCCUGAACAAACUUGUUAUGGACGGACGAUCCCCAGCUAUUCCGAAAGAUGCACUGGCGAAUUCCUGCUAAGCACCUCAUCCAUUCCUCUCUGAUCGACAUGCUUCAAAUUUAGAUGCUGGCUGAUUCUGCUAGCACCCAACUGUAGCGCUUACAGGUCCAUCAGUCGACGCGCGGCGUCAGGCAGGAAGCUCGACCCAUAAAGAUGACAUGGGGAGCGAGGAUCCAGCAGGGAUGGUUUUGUGGAGAAGAGGAGCGGUCCGAAAGGCUCGUCCCCUAUUUGGGCAUUGCCAGCCACAUCAGACAUUCCUCUUUCAUGUGAUCACAUGGUUUGCUCGACUGCUCUUGAUGUGCUAUCAAGUUGGACAUCACCAGCUUGCACGAUGUCAAGCAUAUCACAAGGAGGCUCUGGAUCGGCCCGGGGAAAUGUUCGACUACGACCAAAGUUCUGACUUGUAGUUGGCUUGCGUCAAUUCAUACUAGAAUCCCCGUUGUUACCAACAUCAGUGUUGCUUGAUAUUGUGUCUGGCAUUCGUCGAAAGCCUACGGAUCGGCAAUCUGGCGUUGUGACGCUCGCGUCCAAGCAUUGAUGAUAUGCGACGAAGGCUGUACACGGCAGAGCAAUCAUCGAGCCCACACAUUGAUUGUAUUGUAUCUAGGUGUGCUGACUCUAACACUUCGAAUACACGAAUACCCAGCCCAUUUUUUUCUCUCUUCAAUGCGCCUCCGACUUCUCCCUGUCUGCGCCAACAAGUUUCCAGUACUUGGCGGCGCUCUGGACGCG